GGUGUAUUGGGUCUAAUUAGCAUCAGUUGCAUUUUCUCUAUUACUACCACUCCUGUACCCGGCAUCAUGCACAUGGUCAGACUGACGGUGGUCACAUUGCUGGCUGCAGCUUGCUGUACACUAACAGAUGGAGCAAUCAGCAUCACGUGUGAAGGCUCUGAUGCUUUACUGCAAUGUGAUGGAGGUAAGAUUCAAAUCAAGCGUGCCAACUAUGGUCGUUGUAAACACGAUGUGUGUUCCAUUGGGCGCCCCGAUAACCAACUCACGGACACCAACUGCCUCAGCCAAUCCACCACCAGCAAGAUGGCAGAAAGGUGCGAUGGAAAGAGCCAGUGUGUUGUCCCGGCAUCCAAUUUGGUUUUUGGGGACCCCUGUGUUGGGACUUACAAGUACCUGGACACCAAAUACUCCUGUGUCCAACAGCCCGAAACAAUAAGCAGCAUCAUAUGUGAAGGCUCUGAUUCCCAACUACUAUGUGAUCGGGGUGAGAUCCAUAUUCUGCGUGCCAACUAUGGUCGUCGUCAACACGAUGUGUGUUCCAUUGGGCGCCCACGCAAACAACUCAAAAACACCAACUGCAUCAACCAAUCCACCACCAGCACAAUGGCAGAAAGGUGUGACGGAGAGCGCCAGUGUAUCGUCAAGGUAUCCAACUACGUGUUCGGCGACCCCUGUGUUGGAACUUAUAAGUACUUGGAUGUGGCUUACACCUGUGACUAAAUAAUAUCUUCCUGUGGAACCUGAAGAUGUACAAGGCUUCUGGGAUAUCUUCAUCAGGUUGUGCUGUUUUCUGCCAAAUCAACUUCAAUGACCAUUGUGAACCUGUGUAUUUUGUGUGGAAGCAUUUCUGAACUGUGGUUGGUCUGAAUUAAACGAAGUGUCAAAGACGAGA